AUGAGUACCAGUUCAGAUGAAGGCUGCAGCACCAAUCAAGAGCAGAAGAGAUACAAAGGAAUCCGGUGCCGGAGAUGGGGGAAAUGGGUAUCAGAGAUUAGGGUUCCUGGAACCCAAGACCGGCUCUGGCUAGGGACGUACACGACACCGGAGGGUGCAGCCAUGGCUCAAGAUGUGGCGUCUUAUUGUUUAAGAGGAGCCGUGUCUUUGCAUAAACUUAACUUCCCUAAUAUGUUACCUCCAACGGCACGGAUCGACUUGUCUCCUAGGUCCGUUCAAAAGGCUGCAUCGGAUGCUGGAAUGGCUAUGGAUGCACGGUUAAUUGCCUCAAGAGAAACGACAACAGUAAAUUACGAUGAUCGUUCAGCCAAGGAAGGUGAGGGUUUGAGCAUUUCUGUGGAUGAUUAUCUUUGA